GGGUAUUCCUCGAUAUCCUACGCAGAAAGUCUACUUCCAAUGGCAUCCGCAGCAUAAAACAUACCAGACUCGAUGUACAUAAAUUUUACUCCUCGAAGGCCUUAGCUCAUCUACACUUUCUAUACAAGCAGUCCAGAAUGGCCACCCACCUCGCCGCCGUAUCCCUCGCAAAAAGUGAGCCUUUCGAGCUCCAAACCCGCCUUACGCCGAAGCCAGGCCCAGGCGAACUCCUCAUCGAGAUCAAAUCCGUAGCUCUCAACCCGGCAGACGGCUACAUGCGUGAUCAAGGCCUCUUCAUACCCACCUACCCCACUGUCAUCGGCUUCGAUAUCUCGGGGCUAGUCCUUGAGGUAGGCGACGACGUCCCCGUCAGUGCUACCGAUGAAGGUCCAGGCCUUUUUUUCCAACCGGGAAUCACCCGCGUCGCUGCCUACGCUGCUUCCUUCUGGAAGUCCUUUGACCCGGACUACGGCGCCUUUCAGGAGCGGUGCCUCGUCCCCUGGCAGCACACCCUGCCUCUUCCGGAUGAGGGUAUUUCUUGGAACCAAGCGGCAGCCUUGCCUGUCGCCGUGGAGGUACCCCUUAGCGCGUGGGAUAUGAUGGGAAUUCCACGGGUGGGAGAAGCUACUGCUUCUUCUGCUUCCGUCUCCGCUGCCCCAGUCAGCACCGAUUUCAGCGGAGGAACUCACAAAAACAAGAAACAAAAGAGAGAGGCCCUAUUAAUCUGGGGCGCUUCCUCUAGCGUGGGCACGAUGGGCGUGCAAACCGCCCGGGUGCUGCGGGAAGAUCGCAACUCCUCUUUCGCCGCCGUGUAUGCCACGGCCGGUGCGGCAAAUCAAAAGUACGUAGGCUCCCUAGGCGCGGACCGCGUUUUCAAUUACAAAGAGCCGCAGGUUGUGGAUGCGAUUGUUUCAGCAGCCAGAGAGGACGGCCUAGUGAUUCGGCACUGCUUUCUUGCCACGGGACAGCUUGCGCCAUGCCAGGCCGUGCUUAAGGCUUUCCUCGGGGAUGAUCAAGGGGGAGAGAACCAGAAGGCGAAGAUCGGGUCGGCACCGAUUAUCCCUCCAGAUGCAGAGGAUGUAAACGGUGUGGAAACCAUCUUUGUGAUGCCGUCGAUGGACGAAGGGGAGAGGUUGGCUCAGUUCCGAUAUUGGAUUGGGACGUGGCUGAGGGAGAACCUGACCAACGGAACCAUCAGACCAAGUCCGGAGGCGAAGGUCGUGGGAAAGGGCUUGGGGGCUAUUAAUGCUGGGAUGGAUAUGAUACUCCGCGGGGUCAGUUGUACGAAGUUGGUUGUCGAGGUUGCUGAGUGAGAGUUUCUGGGAGGCUGCCACCAGGUACUUGUUGGAGCUCCAAUUUUGAUGGCAGAUCGUGUUUAGGAACAUAGGAAUAGGCCAGCUGUCAAGGAAUUCAAAUGUUUGUCAUUCUUAACUGCGCAGUAUGCUCAUGCUUUUGCCAUGGCGUGUAGCGCAUAGAACAUCCCCAUUGCUUUUAGGGUCUUUCAGAUAGAAAAUCUUGAUAUACCGAAAGUAGACAGAGCCUGCGAGAUCAUUGAACAGGUGUACUUGAGAAAAUCACUCUGGAAAGCUUGAUCUCGAUCAUGUUUGCCCAAGGACGACUCGCCCGGCAGGGAGCUUUAUUGAAGGCAUUCCAGGUCAAAUGUAUUUUCGUUAUUCCAAGUAACAUUCAAUGACAGCAAUGCAUGCUACAGUCUGCUGCAAAUAAAAAGCCAUUUUCAGCGUCAUUUUGAGCGUGAGA